CAGUGAUAUUUUUCCUGUUCGUGCGUGACGUCGCGCGACUGUGCCGCUGACGAUUGUGUGUUUUAAUUAAAUCAUAUUUAAGAAUCAUAAAACGCAAGAAACCAAGCUGGCACAGAGUGGUAACGGCAGAAGAUUGGCGCGAUAUAAUUAAGUGCAGCAGAUAUUCAACGCGCCGCGCAACAGAAGCGACACAACAAAAGAGAAAUAGUACAAAGAAAUUUGUCUUCCUGCUUUUGGCCGCUGCCGCCGCCGCCGCCGUCGCCGUCGCUGCCGCUGCCACAGAAGAAGAGAGCGCAAAAAAAAAAAUGCAACAAAAUACGGAAGCAGAGCAAUAAAAACGCAACAAUAACGUAGACUGACGAUAAUUGUGCAAUUAUUGAAAGAAUUGUAUAUUUAUUUUCGGUUGCAAGUUCUUUGUGUGAGAAAAAUAUACAUACACACAUACAUACAUAAAAAUAAAUUACUAGCAAUUCACAUAAGCAAUAACAACAACAUCCACAGCAGGCAGUGAAAAAUCUCAAUCUCGCAACCAAAACGACGAAAGCAGUGGCAGAAAAUUUAUUAAAAAAUAAAAUAAUUUUUUGGCUGAUUUGCUAAACAUAUAAAUUAAAAAGGAACACAAAAUUUUGAGUGAGGUUUUGAAAGUUGUUAUUUAUGCAAAAGUGCGUCGCCCAGCAAACACAUUUCUAAAAUGGAUGACAAAUUCAUCGUAUUCAAUGCUGCACGCGAUAAUAACCUGCCCCUAUUGAAGAACGUGCUGUACAACAAAACGACAUCAGAAAUUGCGGCAUUGAUAUCGGCUAAAGUGAACGGAGCCACACCUUUGGUCAUCUCCUGUCGGAACGGACACUACGACAUUGUAGAAUAUUUAUUGACAAAGUGUCGCGCCAAUGUGGAACAGGUUGGCUCCGUUAGCUUCGAUGGCGAGCCCAUCGAGGAUGCGCCGCCGCUGUGGUGUGCCGCCGCCGCCGGCCAUUUGGGCAUUGUCAAGAUGCUGGUGCGCCGCUUUGCGAACGUGAACAGCACAACGCGCACGAACUCGACGCCGUUGCGUGCCGCCUGCUUCGAUGGCCACUACGAGAUCGUCAAAUAUUUGGUGCAUCACGGAGCAGACUUCGAGGUGGCCAAUCGGCAUGGCCACACCUGCCUAAUGAUAGCCUGCUAUAAGGGCCACUAUCGCAUUGCCCAGUAUCUGUUAUCGCUGAAUGCGGACGUGAAUCGCUGCAGCAUUAAGGGCAACACGGCGCUGCACGAUUGCGCGGAGUCGGGCUCACUGCAAAUUCUGCAGCUGCUGCUGAAACACGGCGCCACCAUGGACGUGGACUAUUAUGGCAUGACGCCGUUGUUGGCUGCCAGCGUCACCGGACACAUGCCCAUUGUGGAGCACCUGAUAACGUUGCCGUGUGUUAGCCGGGUGGCGCGCAUCGAUGCACUGGAGCUGCUCGGCGCAACGUAUGUGGACAAGAAGCGUGACAUGGCCGUUGCGCUGACGCUGUGGCGACGCGCUCUCGAGGAGCGUGCACAGGAACCGCAAUUGCACAAAAAGGUGCAGGAACCGGUGCCAGCCUACGAGCUGGUCACCGAAGUCACAACCAUCGAAGAACUCGAGGAGCUGGUACUCGAUCCGGAUGAGAUGCGCAUGCAGGCGCUAGUCAUACGACAGCGCAUUCUAGGACCGACGCAUCCGGACACCAGCUACUACAUUCGUUUCAGGGGCGCCCAUUAUGCAGACGCUGGUCGCUUCGAUCGCUGCAUCGAGCUCUGGUCCUAUGCCCUGACUAUGCAACAGAAAAUCUUGCAGCCGCUUAGCCCCAUGACGCAAUCCUCGUUGCUCUCGUUCGCUGAGCUCUUCAGCUUUAUGCUGGUCGAGGCGGGGCGUCUGCUGCCGCGCGGACGCAUCGUGCCGCCCAUUGAGGCGGACGGCAUGCUCACGAUCUUUCACAAGGCCGUGCUGGAAGUGGAGCGCGGUCAGGCAUUUACGCUGGAGCAGAAUCAACAUCAGCAUCUGCUGCCCGCCGCCAGCAAACAACUGAACCAGUCCUCAUCGACAUCAUCUUCCUCCAGCUCAUCAUCAAACUCAACCACAGGCUCAACAUCCGGCUCAACGUCCGGCUCAACGUCCGGCUCAUCGUCGACCACGUUGCUGUCGGCGCAUCAGCACGACUGCAAUCAUGAUCCCAAUGCACUAAGCCGCACUCUGGUCAGUGCCCUGCACAUUGGCUGCCUGCUCAGCUCGCUGCUCGAGGCGGACAGCUUCUGUCCGGACAUGCGGCAUCAGAUCAUGAACGCCCUGUAUCGCCUCAAUCGUCUCAAGGUGCAUGUGCGCUGCGGCCGCACAGCCCUGCACUAUGCCUGCUAUCGCGAGGGCACCCUGGUCGGUCGCUAUCCCUCGUGCCAGUUCCCAUCGGCAUCGCUGGCCAAGGCGCUGCUGGAAGUGGGCGCCGAUCCGAAUGCCGUGGACGAUGCGGGCAAUACGCCGCUUCAUCUGGCCGCCACACUGCAGCCCUAUGUCGAGCCAUUGGCGCACACGCUGCUCGAGGGUGGCGCACAUCUGGACACCAAGAACGAUGCGGGCGAGACCUUCGAGUCGCUGCUGGCGCCGACACCUCUGCACAAGAUCAUCGACACGAUGAAGUACACGACGCUUGCGUGUCUGGCGGCACGCACCAUCAAACAGCAUGGCAUCAAAUAUCAGAAGACUGUGCCGCCGGCGCUCUACCAGUUCAUUGAGCUGCACUAGGCGAUGCUCGUGGGCACAUCCACACUCGGACACACACACACACACACACACUCAUAUAUACAGAGAGACCGCCCGCCCACCCGCCAUCGAAGCCAUGCCACGUGGAUAGACAUAAUAUACCUACAACUACUAUAUCUACUACUAUUACUAUUAUAAAUAUAGAGAGCUGAUCGGAGAGCGUUACUAAUGACUAGGAACUGAUUUGUGAUGUUUGCAAGCGAAGUGCCCAAUCCUGGCGCCAGGAUCAGGAUUGAAUACAAUGACGACAAGGAUGACAAAGAUGAUGAUGAUGACGAUGACGGUUUUGUCAGUUAAAACAACAACAACAAAAAACGAAAAACAAAAAAAAAAAAAAAAACAAAGAAAAACAAAAGAAAAAACAACAACGACAACAACGACGACAUCCAACUACAACUGAAAUUCGCUGUUUAUUAUUUUGCUUGCAAAAUGUUUUUUAAUUGUGUUCUUGCUAAUCUAUUUUUUUUUUUUCUUUUGUAUGUAUGAAUUAUGAUAAUAAUAAUAAUAAUAUUAUGUAUACGCCACGUGGCGCAGUCGGGCAGCUAAAACAUAUACAUAUGCACGCCUUCUUUGGGCUGCAGCCAAGUCCUCAUAGCUGCCGCGACCCAGCCAAUGCGGCGUAUUGUUACGCGUAUUUAGUGUGUACUCCCUCCCAGCCCCUCCCCGACCCAAAUCUGCUCCCGCCGACUGAGCCGGAGCAGAGUUUGAUACAAAUACUAUAACAAUAUAUUUUAUAUCAAUUGCUUGACUCGAUUCUCGAUACACUCAACGAUAGUUAGUACGAUCCACAGCUUAAGCGUUCGGCUAAUUUCUAGAACCGUAGAAUAAGCAUAUGCAUACGCAUACAUACAUUAUGCACUGUAAUAUGUUAAAAUGUAACGUGAAAAUAUCGAAACGCAUGCGAGACGAUAGGGCAUAUGCCAGGUGCUUGGAGGUCUUUGGGUUGUGUUUAUGGAACAGAAGCAAUUGUCAGUCUAAUGUUAUGCAUUAGGACGUGUCGAAUAUGCAGCUGCCACGAGCAGCAUACAUACACACAGAACUGUAGAACAGUGGUGGCCAGAAAAAGUGGCUAACAUUGUUGAUUGAGCUUUACACGCUUUUGUAUUGUCAUUCAAAUUUAUAGCAUAUUAGUACAUUUAAUAAAUGUAAAUUCUGUGCGGUUUUCUUAAAGUAUAAUGAAUGAAAAGCAAUAUUCGGUUUCAAGCUUAGAGCCUUAUUUGCUGUAUAAUUACUUUUAGCUCGUUCAUCAAUAAAUAAUUUAUCGGUUUUAGUUUAAUGUCUCAGAUCAAACUCGAUCAAGGCAUGAUUGAUAGAAACAUAGAAUGAAAACUUUGCGAAAUAUGUUUUAAAUCAUUUUAAGAGCAUUUAAAAAUACCACGAAAAUUAAUAGUUUUCUUGAUUAUUUUAAAAAUUAAAUUAAGUUUGUCGUGUUCAACAUAAGUUGCAAUAAUAUUUUAAUCGUGUGACUUUGAUAAAACGAAAUGCACUUCGAUUUUGCUCAAAUAUGAUUUCCGAAUUUCCGAUUGUAUUCAGUUAAUUACUCAGGAACUGUAAAAGAAGCUUGUCAGAUUUGACUGGCAGAGGCGCGACACUUUUUCUGGCCAGCAGUGUAGUCGUUAUAUGAUUGAAUUAUAUUGUCAUGCAUACAAAAAACGAUUUACCGACCUUACACAACACUCACACACACACACAGUGUGUGUGUGUGUGCAGGCGUAGUAUAUAAAUAUUUUAUCUAUGUUAAAUUAUGCAAAUUGUAUUACGGAUAAUGUCGAAUUUGGCUCCAUGGGAACAGCAAUUGCAUUGGAGAGCAGGCUUAUCGAGAGGAAUAGUUGCAUAAGAAUGUGUUGCUAAUACUUAGUUGUUAUCUGUCUACAUAUACACACACACACACAUACUUAUGUUUAUCUAUAUGCAUGUGAAACCUUAGUUUGCACACAUUUUCAAUGCAAACACAAAACUGAUAAUUAUAUUUUAAAGAAAUCA